AUGGCCACCACCACCGACGCCGCCCCAGUUGCGCCCGUGGAGGAAGAGAGCGCCGCCCCGGCGGCCGCCGAGGAGGAGCCGCCCAAGAAAGUCGAGGCGGCCGUGGCUACCACCGACGCCGCCCCAGUCGCGCCCGCGUCCGCGCCCGUGGAGGACGAAACCCCGGCCCCGGCGGCGGCCGAGGAGGAGCCCACCAAGAAAGUCGAGGCGGCGGCGGCGGAGGAGGUGGAGGAGGAUAGGGAGGCGCCGAAGAAGGUCUUGGCGGGUGGGGGAGAGAAGGAGGAGGAAGAGGACGUGAGAUUGGAGGGGAAAGGUGAGGGCUUUCGGGGUCCGGAGGCCGAGAACGGCCAGGCGGAGGGUGUCAGAGGAGGAUAUGAUGGCGGGGAGGUAAAAGAGGCGGAGGAGGAUGAUAAAGGUGUGAAUUUGGGAGCGGCGGAGGCCGAGAAGGAUGAUGGCGGCGAGGAACCAGCGUCGGAGGACGGGGAGGCAGCCGCUUCUGGGGCCGCGAUCGUGCCAGCGGUGGAGUCCAAGUCGGAGAACGGCGAAUUGGGGGAGGGGGAUCCUUCUCUGGCUUUCCAUGAUGCGCUGGAAGGUGAUGAGAAGGGCGAAUUGCGGGAGAAGGAGCAGCAGGAGGAGGAAAGAGGUGCUGCAGUGGAGGUAAAGGUUGUGGAUAAGGUGUCAGAUGAUGCUGAGGCGCCGGUGGCCGAAGAGGAGAAACUGGAACCGGAAGUUGAGAAGAGCGAGGAGGUAGGUUCUGGGGGUGGAGAUGGUGGUGAGUUGAGCGAUGAGAAGGAGGUUGAGGUCUCCCCUCCAAGCGAGGAGGCGGCGGAACCACAGGAUAAGGUAGCCCCUGAAGCUAAUGGUGAAUUGGGCGAUGAGAAGGAAGGAAGUGAUGAUGUGGUGGCUCUUGGAGGCGAAGAAGCCCCGGAUGAAUCGACUAACAAGGAUGCUGAUGGUGACGAUGUGGUGGCUCUGGGAGGUGAAGAAUCCCCAGAAGAAUCAACUAAGAAGGAUGCUGAUGUUGAAGAUGAAGCCACCAAGCCUGAGCCACCGAGUGAGGCGAGUCCAGUGGUAAGUGAGCAUCCUCAAUCUGAUUUUGUUGCUAGUAGUCUUGAUGCUAGUGGGGAUGUAAACAAUUCAAAUGUUACACUGACCCAGGUUAUGAAGGAUGGAAGCAUAGAGGAGCUUGCUCCUGCAAGUGCUAACAGUGUGCUUGAGGAUAGUCCUGAGAAGGAGCAGAAUGCUGAAGACCAGGCCACUGCCAGUGAAGCGGUGGAAGAUGUUGGUGUCGACAAGCCCACAGAGGUUGAGAGUGUUGCUGCGCCUAGUGCUGAUGGUAUCUUGUCUCGAGAGUUGUCUCCAGAAUCAAGCAAUGAAAAUAAUGGUGCUGAUGAGAUUGAAAGUGCCACUGAGGUUGUUGAUCGUGAAGUGGAGGCUGUUGAUAAUGACAUAAUUGAGGUUGUACCAGAUGACGAGGAUGGGGUUGGUAAUGAGGCUGACGACGAUGAUGACGGGGCGAACUCUGACACGAGUCCCGCACGGGUUGCAAUCUUAGAGAGCUCUGAUGCCGCGAAGCAGAUUAUGAAGGAGCUUGCAGAAGGCUCUAGUGGUAGUGUCUCAAGAGACUUCACCAAUAGCAUGGAUGGGCAGAUUAUGCUUGAUGAUUCUGAGGAUGACGAGGAUGAUGAUGAUAAUGAUGAUGGGGAUGAGAAGGGAUUUGAUUCUGCUGCCUUGGCGGCCCUUCUCAAAGCGGCAACCGGGUGGAUCCUCAGAUGGGAAUAUCACAGUUUCUUCACAAGAUGCUCCUCGGAGCUAGCAGUUACUGCUGACCCUACAGAAGAGAUGACAGAGGAAGAGAAGAAGCUACACGACAAGGUUGAGUUGAUUAGAGUAAAGUUUCUGCGUCUGGUUUACAGACUGGGAGCUACUCCUGAAGAAACAGUUGCAGCACAAGUGCUGUACCGUCUGAGCCUUGCUGAGGGUAUCCGACAUGGUAGGCAGACAAACCGAGCAUUCAGCCUUGAUAAUGCGCGGAGGAAGGCCUUACUUCUUGAAGCAGAGGGAAAGGAGGAUCUGAACUUCUCAUGCAACAUACUUGUUCUAGGAAAGACUGGAGUUGGUAAAAGUGCAACUAUCAAUUCUAUAUUUGGUGAAGAGAAGUCCAAAACUGAUGCCUUUAGCUCAGCAACCACCAAUGUGUGGGAAAUCGUUGGUGAUGUGGAUGGUGUCAAGAUUAGAAUCAUUGAUACACCUGGCCUUCGACCCAAUGUUAUGGACCAAGGAUCAAACAGAAAGAUUCUUGCUGCUGUCAAGAAAUAUACCAAGAAAUGUCCGCCAGAUAUUGUUCUAUAUGUGGAUCGUCUGGAUAGUCUGAGUCGUGAUCUCAAUGAUUUGCCUCUUCUGAAGACAAUUACUGCUGUUCUUGGCUCAUCCAUAUGGUUCAAUGCCAUUGUUGCACUCACACAUGCUGCCUCUGCUCCUCCUGAAGGCCUCAAUGGUGCUCCCAUGACAUAUGAGGUCUUGAUGGCUCAGAGAUCCCACAUCAUCCAGCAGUCCAUCAGGCAGGCUGCUGGAGAUAUGCGCUUGAUGAACCCAGUAGCCCUUGUUGAGAACCAUCCUUCGUGCAGGAAAAACCGUGAGGGCCAGAAAGUUCUUCCGAAUGGCCAAAGCUGGAGGCAUCAGAUGCUGCUUUUGUGCUACUCCUCAAAGAUAUUAUCAGAAGCCAACUCACUUCUGAAGCUUCAGGAUCCUAAUCCUGGAAAGCUUUUUGGCUUCCGUUUCCGCUCCCCACCUCUUCCUUUCUUGUUGUCCUCACUCUUGCAGUCUAGAGCCCACCCCAAACUUUCUGCUGAGCAGGGUGGCAAUGAAGGUGAUUCUGAUAUUGAAUUGGAUGACUAUUCUGAUGUAGAACAAGAUGAUGACGAAGAAGAAUAUGAUCAGCUUCCACCCUUCAAGCCCUUGACCAAAGCUCAGCUUGCAAGGCUCACAAAGGAGCAGAAGAAUGCUUAUUUUGAUGAGUAUGACUACAGGGUUAAGCUUCUCCAGAAGAAACAAUGGAAGGAUGAGAUCCGCAGGUUAAAGGAGAUGAAGAGGGGGAAAACUGAUCUUGAUGAUUAUGGGUAUGCAAAUAUCGCUGGUGAGAACGAUCAGGAUCCUCCUCCAGAGAAUGUAUCAGUUCCCUUACCUGAUAUGGUGCUGCCUCCUUCAUUUGAUUGUGACAAUCCCACAUACCGGUACCGCUUUCUGGAGCCAACUUCGACUGUCCUAGCAAGGCCUGUUUUAGAUGCACAUGGAUGGGAUCAUGACUGUGGUUAUGAUGGAGUGAGCGUUGAAGAGACACUAGCUAUCCUUAGCAGGUUCCCAGCAAAUGUAGCAGUUCAGGUCACCAAGGACAAGAAGGAAUUUAGCAUCCAUUUGGACUCUUCCAUCGCAGCAAAGCAUGGAGAGAAUGCAUCAUCGCUUGCUGGUUUUGAUAUCCAGACUGUUGGGCGGCAGCUUGCAUAUAUUCUCCGAGGCGAGACAAAAAUCAAGAAUAUCAAGAAGAACAAGACCACUGGAGGGUUCUCAGUAACUUUCCUGGGUGACAUUGUGGCAACUGGACUGAAGGUCGAGGACCAGCUCUCCCUUGGGAAGAGGUUGUCACUAGUUGCCAGCACUGGUGCGAUGCGAGCCCAAGGGGACACUGCAUAUGGAGCUAACUUGGAGGCACGCCUGAAGGACAAAGACUAUCCAAUUGGCCAGUCCCUCUCAACCUUGGGCCUCUCUCUGAUGAAGUGGCGCCGGGACCUUGCUCUGGGCGCAAACUUGCAGUCCCAGUUCUCCAUCGGAAGGGGGUCGAAGAUGGCAGUUCGACUUGGUCUGAACAACAAGCUGAGUGGGCAGAUCACCGUCAGGACAAGCACCUCAGAACAGGUCCAGAUCGCACUUCUGGGUCUCAUACCGGUUGCAGCCUCCAUCUACAGGAGCUUCUGGCCCAGUGAACCAUCCUUUGCUUAUUAG